AUGAAAUUACCUGUCCUUCAAGCGACAGUAUUCCACCAGGUCCUCAAUUCCCCACUGAGCAAUUUUAUUCAAGCAGACCACGGGGAAGAGACAAACAGAAGGCUCUUGGAAAAAGAGAGUAAAGUUGAGGAGAAAUUGAAAGAAAAUGAUAAAGACCAAAUUGGGUUCCCCAACUUUGGCCUAGGCGAAAUGGAGAAGAAAUUUAAAGAAUCCAUGAGUAGAUGUUUUGAAAUCUGGCAAAUCAUCUGUAACUUAUUUGUAUCAAUUCAGAUCAUGGGACUGGCUGCUGCUUUUUUGAUCACAAAGAUUCGGCAGGAUAUCUGGCUAUGGCAACUGGGGACGAAAGCAACGCAAAGAAGCAAGCGGUCAAUAGGAGAGAAGGAAGACGCAGAAUAGCCAAGCCCCCCAAAAAGAAGACGCCUUAACCGCGGGUGUGGGGAGUGUAAAAAAUAACAAAAUU